AAGUCUCGAUUUUUUUUUAUUUCAUUUUCCCUUCAAACCCAUCUCUUGUCCCCCUUGUCUGUUCAUUCCCUUAUCUUUGUCUGUCUCUCUCGACAAAGGACUUCCCGUUGAAUCCAAGCUCGACUCUACUUGCAGUUUGGAUCCAUGGACGACGUAGAAGUCACACUCUCUCUCGCGUCUUUUGCUAAAAGAGAUUAUUAAAGAAGCUGUCAUUUAUUUUCUUGCUUUGUCUCUUCUCUGAAUCUCUGAUACGCUACUGCGAUUUGAAUUACUUGGGUAGUGUUUAGGAAUAAGAUGGAUGGAAGCGAGUCAGACGACAGCUCUCACUUCGAGCGAGGCGUAGACCACAUCUACGAAGCAUUCAUCUGCCCUUUAACAAAAGAAGUCAUGCACGACCCCGUCACGUUAGAGAACGGACGAACAUUCGAGCGUGAAGCCAUCGAGAAAUGGUUCAAGAAAUGUCGCGACGGUAAUAAGCCUCCCUCUUGUCCUAUAACUUCCCAGGAGCUGAGUAGCGCCGACGUGAGCCCCAGCAUAGCUCUGCGUAACACUAUAGAAGAGUGGAGAUGGAGGAACGACGCCGCGAAGCUCGACGUCGCUCGUCAGGCGCUGUUUCUAGGGAACGACGAGAGUGAUGUUUUGCAGGCUUUGAUGAACGUGAGGCAGAUCUGCAGGAGCAUACGUUCGAACAGGCAAGGCGUGCGUAACUCUCAGCUUGUGCGUAUGAUCAUCGACGUGUUGAAAAGUAAUAGCCAUAAAGUGAGGUAUAAGGCUCUGCAGACGCUUCAAGUUGUUGUUGAAGGAGAUGAGGAGAGCAAGGCGAUACUAGCUGAAGGAGACACUGUGCGUACACUGGUUAAGUUCUUGUCACACGAGCCAUCAAAGGGGAAAGAGGCAGCGGUUUCGUUGCUGUUUGAGCUCUCAAAGUCUGAAGCUUUGUGUGAGAAGAUUGGUUCGGUUAAUGGAGCGCUUAUCUUAUUGGUUGGUUUGACAAGCAGCAACUCGGUGAACGUCUCUAUUGUUGACAAAGCUGAGAGAACGUUGGAGAACAUGGAGAGGUCUGAGGAAGUUGUUAGGCAGAUGGCUUCUUAUGGUAGACUCCAGCCUCUUCUUGGAAAAAUCCUCGAAGGUUCACCCGAAACAAAACUCUCCAUGACCACCUUUCUCGGGGAGCUUUCCUUAAACAAUGACACAAAGGUUUAUAUCGCUCAGACAGUUGGUUCUUCUCUAGUCGAUCUAAUGAGAAGUGGCGACAUGACCCAACGAGAAGCUGCUUUGAGAGCUCUCAACAACAUCUCAUCUUACGAAGGGAGUGCCAAACUUUUGAUCGGCAUAGGCAUUCUCCCUCCACUCAUCAAAGAUCUCUUCUACGUAGGACCAAACAACCUCCCCAUCCGCUUGAAAGAAGUCUCAGCCACUAUCCUCGCCAACAUAGUCAACAUCGGAUACGACUUUGACAAAGCCACUCUCGUUUCAGACAACAGAGUUGAGAAUCUUUUAUACUUGAUCAGCAACACUGGUCCAUCCAUCCAGUGCAAGCUCUUGGAGGUUCUCGUCGGACUCACAACCUGUCAGAAAACAGUCAUCCACGUGGUCUCGGCGAUUAAAACCUCAGGAGCCAUCAUCAGUUUAGUCCAGUUCGUUGAGGUCAAAGAGAACGAGGAUCUGCGUUUGGCUUCCGUGAAGCUUCUCCAUAACCUUUCACCGUUCAUGAGCGAGGAGCUAGCCGACGCGUUACGCGGCACUGCUGGACAGCUUGAUAGCCUCGUUGCCAUCAUUUCGGAGAAGAUACCUAUCUCCGAAGAGCAGGCUGCAGCUGCUGGACUAUUAGCUGAGCUGCCCGAGAGAGACUUGGCUCUGACUCGGGAGAUGCUAAGCAUCGGUGCGUUUGAGAAAAUCAUCUCGAAAGUUGUCGGAAUCCGCCAAGGGGAGAUCAAAGGGAUGAGGUUUGAGAGGAACUUUCUAGAAGGGCUUGUGCGUAUACUCUCCAGGAUCACUUUCGCUUUCAGCAACGAGACUCGAGGUAUAACCUUUUGCCGUGAGUACAACGUUGCGUCUCUCUUCAUUAAUCUGAUUCAGUCCAACGGUCAAGACACUAUCCAGAUGGUUUCCGCAAUGGCUUUAGAGAAUCUUUCUCUAGAGUCUAUUAACUUAUCACACAUGCCUGACCUGCCUCCUCCGAGCUGCGGCUCCAUCUUCUCAUGUAUGAGCAGACCUCCCGUUAUAACAGGUCUAUGCAAGAUCCACCACGGAGUAUGUUCUCUAAGAGAAACGUUCUGCCUCGUGGAAGGAGGAGCUGUGGAGAAGCUAGUGGCGUUACUAGACCAUGAGAAUGAUAAAGUGGUCGAGGCCUCGCUCGCGGCGCUUUCCAGCUUGUUAGAAGACGGUUUAGAUGUGGAGAAAGGGGUGAAGAUACUCGAUGAAGCCGACGGGAUAAGGCAUGUGCUGAACGUUCUGACGGAGAACAGGACGGAGAAGCUGACGAGGAGAGCGGUUUGGUUGGUGGAGAGGAUAUUGAGGAUCGAAGACAUAGCGAGAGAGGUGGCGGAGCAGCCGAACGUGAGCGCUUCGCUUGUGGACGCUUUUCAAAACGGCGAUUUCAGGACGCGGCAGAUCGCUGAGAACGCGUUGAAACAUAUAGACAAGAUCCCCAACUUCUCGGGUAUAUUCCCGAACAUGGCAUAGGUUGGAGGGAGAUGUCUUUUUUUAAUAUGUCCAGUGAGGUUUUAGUGAUUUAAAAAAAUACUUUUGAGGGUAUAUGUUGUAAAUUUUGAUUCUUGUUUGCGUUUGCUGUAAGCUAUUUGAUUUGUUUGUUUAUAUCGUACUCUGGUAAUUGGAAUCAUUUGAGAGGUCUCA